AUGGCAAUGUCGCUCAGGGCAGCCCGGCUCCUGGGUCGCAGGCAGAUAGCAGCUCCUCGAGCGAGCUUAGUAUUUCGCGCCGCCGUAUCGCAGUCGCCUCGCACAUAUCUGACUCCACGAACCUUUGUCACCACGACGGUCCGACGUGAUGCACAGGAUGUUUUUCCUUCAAUGAAGGAGAGCCCUGCUGCGAGCUUCCUUUCGUCCCUCAACGAGACGCCGAAAAUACCACAGACUCUCACCGAGAAGAUUGUGCAGCGACACGCAGUAGGUGUUGCGCAGGGCAAAAUAUUGCGAUCGGGCGACUAUGUGACUUUGCAACCGCACAAAUGCAUGACACAUGACAAUUCAUGGCCCGUGGCUCUCAAGUUCAUGGGUAUUGGCGCCACCAAGAUCAAUGACCCCAAGCAAAUCGUAAUGACGCUUGACCAUGAUGUACAAAACAAGACAGAGAAGAACCUGAAGAAAUACAGUCAGAUUGAGGAAUUUGCUAAGAAGCAAGACGUCGUCUUCUACCCUGCUGGACGCGGCAUUGGACAUCAAAUCAUGGUCGAGGAGGGCUACGCCUGGCCUGGAACAUUGGCUGUGGCUUCCGACAGUCAUUCCAACAUGUACGGUGGCAUCGGAUGUCUGGGUACUCCUGUAGUCCGAACCGACGCUGCAAGUAUUUGGGCGACGGGCAAGACAUGGUGGCAAAUACCUCCUGUCGCAAAGGUCACCCUCAACGGCAAGAUGCCCCAAGGUGUGACCGGCAAAGAUGUCAUUGUAGCUCUGGCCGGACUGUUCAACAAGGAUGAGGUUCUCAACCACGCAAUCGAGUUUACCGGAACCGAUGAGACUCUCGGCAGUAUCCCGGUUGAUGACCGCCUUACCAUUGCGAACAUGACCACUGAAUGGGGUGCUCUUACUGGUCUGUUUCCCAUCGACUCUGUCCUCCAUGGCUGGUUAAGGGCAAGAGCUACUCUCGCAGCCAUGGGAGAAGGACAAACCAAAGAUCACCACCAGCAACAGUUUGUCCACGAGCGCAUCGACAAACUUUUCACUGCAACCGGUAUCGUUGGAGAAAAGUUGGGCCACAUCUUCAAGCCUGCCUUGGCAGCGGACAAGGGCGCUGUAUAUGCCAAAGAGCUCUUCUUAGAUCUUUCCACUCUGUCACCAUACGUUUCCGGCCCAAACUCUGUCAAGGUCGCUACACCCCUGCUCGAACUACAAAGCCAAAACAUCCCGAUCAACAAAGCUUAUCUUGUGUCAUGCACGAACUCGCGUGCCUCUGACAUCGCCGCAGCUGCAAAUGUCUUCAAGGAUGCAGCUGUUCUCAACGGUGGCAAGAUCCCCAAGAUCCCAGAUCACGUAAACUUCUACAUUGCUGCUGCAUCUAUCCCGGAGCAAAAGGCGGCCGAGGAAGCAGGCGAUUGGCAGAUUCUCCUCGAAGCAGGUGCUCAGCCCUUACCUUCUGGUUGCGGUCCGUGUAUCGGCCUGGGUACAGGUCUCCUUGAACCCGGCGAGGUUGGUAUCAGUGCUAGCAACCGUAACUUCAAGGGCCGUAUGGGGUCUCCUGACGCAAAGGCAUACCUCGCCAGUCCCGAGGUUGUUGCAGCUAGUGCUUUGUCUGGCACGAUCUCUGGGCCAGGAUGGUAUGAAGCUCCCGAGGGCUAUGAGGGUGUCCGACGAGGAGAAGGCGAUGGCAUUCCAGCAGAAGAGCGUAUGAUGACUAUCGAAGAUAUGCUUGAGAAGGCUAUCAAGGAUGCUGAGGCUGCUAUCGACACCUUCGGCAGCGAUUCUUCCGAAACCCAAUCCGUCACUCCGCCCACAUCAGAUGCCGAGACCUUGACUGAGAUCCUCCCGGGCUUCCCCGAAAAGAUCAGCGGCGAGAUUGUCUUCUGCGACGCAGACAACAUCAAUACCGAUGGUAUCUAUCCCGGCAAAUACACGUACCAAGAUGAUGUGACCAGGGAGAAGAUGGCUGAAGUGUGCAUGGAGAACUACGAUCCUAGCUUUGGUCAAAUGGCAAAGGCAGGUGAUAUUCUUGUAUCAGGCUUCAACUUUGGCUGCGGUAGCAGCCGUGAACAAGCUGCAACCGCUAUCCUGGCUAAGGGCAUUCCGCUAGUGGUUGCCGGCAGCUUUGGCAACAUCUUUAGCAGGAACAGCAUCAACAACGCCCUUAUGGGUGUCGAGGUACCCAAGCUAGCCAACCGUCUCCGCGAGGCCUUUUCCUCCAAAGAUGCUUCUUCAUCACAGCAAGCCAUCAAGGAGCCUUCAAACAACCGCGAAUCGCUUGAUUCGCCACCACCCGCAGCCGCAGCCCAGCCUACCCAGGCUAAGCAACUGACCCGCCGCACUGGCUGGACUUUAGAAUGGGAUGUUCGCAGGAGCACUGUCUCUGUUCAGGAAGGUCCCAAUGGCUCCAAGUGGAACGUCAAGGUCGGUGAGCUGCCACCCAACGUUCAAGAAAUCAUCGCCCUUGGCGGCCUGGAGAACUGGGUCAAGAAGGAGAUUGGCAGUCCUCCAUCAUGAGCGGGACGAGAGCUUGUAAAAGUUUUUUAUACCCACUUUGAAAUGCAUGGCCGGCGUUCUUGAUGGUUGAUACAAUACAUAGUAACUGAGGGAAAGAAGAAACUUCAUGUGCUACACUUUCGCACGACGUGGGAUUCCAAGAUGUUUCUUCUAUGUCAUCUCAUGUACACAGGCAUCCCCUUCUCCCACCCCUUCACCCUACAACAAUGCCACGUAUCCGUCCC